AUGUCAGAACACGAUUUACAAGCAAUUCUCCAGAAACUCAAAUCCCCAUCAACAUCCUACCAAGAAAGCUCAUCUCUGCUCUCUAAGGCCAAACUCACACUCCUAAAAUUAAAGGCAUUGACUCCUCAACCAUCAACCUCAUCCUCCAUAUUAUCCCUUGCUCGCGAAGUCUUCGAAACGGGUGCACUGCUUUCUAUUCGUGCAAAGGAUCCAGCGGCUUUCACACGUUAUGUUCAUCAAUUAACCCCAUACUACGAGCUUCCAGCCGACAAAUUCAUUGUCAAGAGUUCGGGGGAGAAGAACAAAAUUACGGGCUUAUAUCUUUUGUUAUUGUUGACGCAGGGAGAUUAUGCGGGCUUUCACACAGAAUUGGAGGGUUUGGAGCUGAGGGGGGAGAUUGGUGGAAAGAGGGCUGAGGAGGAUAAAUAUUUGGGGUAUCCGAUUAAGUUGGAGAGGUGGUUGAUGGAGGGGAGUUAUGAUUUGGUUUGGAAGGCGAUGGAGGGUGGCAAGGUGCCGAGUGAGGAGUAUGGGGUCUUUAGUGAGAUUUUGAUCAAUCAAAUCCGCUCUGAAAUCGCCUCAUCAUCCGAAGCAGCAUACCCAUCUAUACCCAUCGCAUCCACAAAGAACCUCCUCUUUUUACCAUCAGAAGGAGCAGUAGUACAAUUUGCGCAACAUAGAGGAUGGUUGAUUGAAGAUGGGCGUAUAUACUUUCCCAAUCAAAAGUUGAAGGGUAGCGUGAAUGUUGAAGCUGGAGAGGUGGCCGAGGAGAAAGAAGUUAGUAUGACAGCGAUUGAGAAUACGCUUGGUUAUGCUAGGGAGCUGGAAACGAUUGAAACAUUCAUGCAAACCGUGUAUGAUGUUUUGGAACAGGGGAAAAUUGGGAUUUUGGAAUCUCCCACUGGGACAGGAAAGAGCUUGAGUUUGAUUUGUGGGAGUCUUACAUGGUUGAGGGAUUUCAAGAGGAAGGAAUUCGUGGGACUUUGGAAUGAGGGGUUUGAGAAUUCGGAGGAACCGGAGUGGGUGAUUAAAUUGGCAGGAGAGAGGAAGAAGAAGGAAUUGGUUAGUAGGAGAGAGGAUAUGGAGGAGAGGUUGAAGAAGGUUAGGGAAAGGGAGAUGAGGGAGAGGGAUAAGAUGGGUGGGAGGGGGGAUAUGGGAGGUGGAAAGAGGAGGAAGAUUGGGGGAGAUGAAGAAGGAAAUGUUGUGAUGGGGGAAAAUAAUGGCGAGGAGGACUUUUUGCUAGAAGAUUGGGACAGUGAUGGGGAGGAUGGUGGUGGAAAGAGGAAGACUGGAGAUGAGGCCAUUUUCUCGAAAGAGACUUUGGAGUUAAUGGAGAGUGUUGGUAUGAGAAGUAAGAGGACGGAUGAAGAAGAGGAACUGGAUGAUGAGUUGAAGAUCUUCUACUGUUCAAGAACUCAUUCCCAGCUAACCCAAUUCAUUAACGAACUCCGCCGUGUAGAAUUUCCAUCAUCCAUGCCCCCAGAAGAUUCUCCAGCAGUACCAAAAGGCAAAGAUAAAGAUAGCCUCCGUGAACCCCUCAAACACCUUACCCUUGGUUCCCGCAAAAACCUCUGCAUCAAUACUAAAGUAAACAAACUCACCUCAGCAACAGCAAUAAAUGAACGUUGCGCCGAACUUCAACAAUCUUCUACUCCAAAAGAACACAAAUGUCCUCAUCUUCCAAACAAUGACAAUAAAUCUCUCGUCACUACAUUCCGCGAUCAUGCACUAGCCACCAUCCGCGAUAUCGAAGAUAUGGGAGCUCUAGGAAAGGAAAUCUCAAUCUGUCCGUACUAUGCCUCGCGUUCUGCAAUCAAACCAGCUGAGAUAGUCACCCUUCCUUAUCCAUUGCUCCUACAGAAGAGUGCGAGAGAAGCCUUAGGGAUUAGUCUCAAAGGACAUGUGGUGAUUAUAGAUGAAGCGCAUAAUUUAAUGGAUGCCAUAGAGGGGAUUUAUGGGGCGGAAAUGUCAUUGAGGGAGUUGAGAUUGGCAAAGGAGAUGGUGUGGAAUUACUUGAAGAAGUUUGGAAAAAAGUUGAAGGGGAAAAACAGAGUUUACACAGCGCAGGUGGUGAGGGUGGUGGAUAGUUUGAUUCAUUAUUUGACGACGAGGUUGAAAGGCAUGAAAAUAGAUGGAGUGGUCAAGGAAAAAGAACUUCUUGCCGAGAAAGGAGUCGAUCAGAUUAACCUCUUUAAAUUGAUCAGAUAUCUUCAAGAAAGCAAAUUAGCACGCAAAGUCGAAUCCUACACCAUUCACGCCCUUACCAUUACCACCACCACCGCCUUGGAAGCAACACUCUUUCCCUAUAACGCCAAUGAUCCACCAAAACCAUCAGCAACACCCAUCCUCCAUACUCUCACCUCUCUUCUCCUCGCCCUUACCCACCCCACAUCGGAAGGUCAACUCUUCUUUAUCAAAGAAGCGCCCGCUUUGGCUUUCGAUUUCAUAACCCUUAAAUUCCAACUCCUAGACCCAGCCUCCCAUUUCGAACCUAUCGUUGCCGAAGCCCGAGCCGUUAUCCUAGCAGGUGGAACAAUGUCCCCCUUCUCAGACUUUACGUCUCUUCUUUUCCCCUCUAUCUCCCCCGACAAAAUCACGACAUUGACUUGUGGUCAUGUCAUACCCAAUACGAGCCUAUUUGCAAGCUCGAUCUCACAAGGACCUACGGGUUUGAACUUCAGAUGGACGUAUGCGAAUAGAGAGAAUACACGCAUGAAGGAUGAAUUAGGUAGACUUCUUCUUGACAUAUGUACCGUUAUCCCGGGCGGGGUAGUUGUAUUCUUUCCCUCUUACAAAUUCCUAAACGACGUCCUUACGUAUUUCUCAUUUCCCGCUUCGGAGACCCAAACUUCGAUACUCUCAGGAUUGACAAAAAAGAAGGGAUUCUUCAAAGAAUCGAAAACGGAAAGUGUGGAAGAUGUUCUAGGGAAAUAUGCAAAGAGUAUUGACGAGGGAAAGGGAGGAUUGCUUUUUAGUGUUGUGGGAGGCAAAUUAAGCGAGGGGAUUAAUUUUAGUGAUGAUUUAGGUAGAUGUGUGGUUAUUGUAGGAAUUCCAUUUCCCAAUGCUAAUACGGCGGAGUGGAAGAGGAAGAUGGAGUUUAUUGAGGAAGCUGCAAUUGCGAGAUUAUCUUCCGAUUCUGAUACUGGCAAUGGGGAAGGGGAAGGUGAAAGGGAAGUAGGAGGAGGAAAGACAGGGAUGACCAAAGAAGAGAUCAAGAAAAUAGCAAAAGAGAAGGCGCAGGAUUAUUAUCUAAAUGUUACUAUGAGGUCGGUUAAUCAGAGUAUAGGGAGGGUGAUUAGACAUAAGAACGAUUGGGCGGCGAUCUUUAUGAUAGAUGAGAGGUACAGGGACGAGAAGGUGAAGGGGAAAUUGGCAGGGUGGAUCAGAGGGAAGGUUAGAGAGGAAAAUGUGUUUGGAAGGCCGUUGAAGACUUUCUGUAACCGAAAUAAGGCGUCAGGAUUAUACGUGGAUGGGAUAUAG